AUGUCCUUCAACAAAUACAAAUGUCGCUACUUUGAAGAAAACAACUGGUGCUUGAAAUUGCAACCUCUAUAUCAACAUGGAUUGAUGACAUCGAUAAGUGACGGCUCAGUGCAUUUAUUGGAUUGGGGCAACUUGAAAACCAUAUCCAGUAUUCAAUGCCAUACAACCUCCAUCAACGAUAUGAAAGUUAUAAACUCCGAUUUUGAUACUGGUGCUGUGUUCGCUACUGCAGCAGAGGACGGUGUUAAAGUUUGGGAUAUUAGAGCCCGAAACAAUGUUGCGUCUCUUCAAAACGAUAAAGCAUCUCCCUUCUUCUCAUUAGAUUCAAGGCACAAUAUGUUAGCAUGUGGCACAGAACUAAAGGAUUACGAUGCUGAAUUGCAUAUUUAUGAUAUAAGAAACUGGACUAAACCUGUGCGGUCAUUUGUGGACUCGCAUCAUGAUGACAUUACAGAUAUAAAAUUCCAUCCAUGCGACUCAAACUUGCUGAUGAGUGGGUCUACUGAUGGUUACGUCAACAUCUAUGAUUUGACUCAAGACGAUGAGGAGGAUGCACUACAUCAAGUUAUCAACUUUGCUUCCAUCCAUUCUUGUGGAUGGCUUGGCCCGAAAAGGAUUUGGAGUUUGUCGCAUAUGGAAACUUUUGGUAUUCACGAAUUGAACGAUAAAUCAGAUGAAAUGAUAGAGCCUAAACCACUAGAAUUUGGAGACGUAAGAGAUAAGUGGGGUUGUGACUAUGUUAUUGAUAUAUACCCAUCUUUCAUUGCAACUGGAAAAACUCAUGAAAGUCAAGGUGAACUCAAGAUAAUACCAUUCCAAAAUGAACAAGUUGAUGUUUCUAGUGCCCUGGUAAUACCUGAUGCACACGGAAAUGAAGUGAUAAGAGAUGUGCUUAUUCCAAAAAAUCAAACUUCCCUCCUAUACUCUUGUGGUGAAGAUGGUUACGUUAAUGUAUGGAAGGACACUACGAACUCUUUAAACGUUCCACACAACUUUUGGGAUUAUACACUACCAUUCACAGCAUUUGAAAACUCUGUCAGAGAAAUUGAAAUGGAUAUGGGACAAGAAACAAUGCAGCACGAAUCAUCCUCAACAUCUGAACAGGAUUCUACUUCUACUGGUAGUGAUGAUGAACAUAAAGAAAAGAAAGAUAAGAAGGAGAAGAAGCACAGCAAGAAGAAUAAACAUGGGAAAAAAGAUAGGAAGAGUGAUAAAAAAUCCAAGUCUAAAUCCAAGAAGGAGAAAGAACACCGUUAUAAACCUUAUUAA